AUGUUACAUCUAAAAUCACACAAUUUGUUAAUACAAAAGACUUUGAGCGAAGCUAUUGAGGCUAAUUCUAACGGUACUCCCUUAACGUUAGAUCGUAUUGUCUCUGAUUUUGAUUAUACUAUUUUCCAUAUCUCUAAUCAAGAAGGAAAUAAAACAAUUUUAUUAUUGAGUAUUAAGACAAAAGCUUGGGUAUCAAUUCAAAAAAUAGACGCUAACAAUGGAUUACUCCCAUAUUUACAGUCUAAGUAUCAACCAUUUGCAGGUAUAAGUGUAUCACAAUCUGCUGAACCAGGUUACGAUUUCACGUUAGUACUUGACUUGGCCUCUUUAACUAAUGAAUCCGUUGUUGAAUCUUCUUUAUUGAAGACUGCUAUAUUGAGUUUCCCAUUCCAGUUGGCUUUCCAAGAAUCCUUCGAACUAAGUAAACUACCAGCACCUGAAGAUGGUUCAUCGAUAGACUCACAAAAGUUAUAUAACAUUCAGAAUAGAGAUGACGAACAGUUCUUUAUUAAAGCUUCUAAUGAUCGUGUUACUGUUAUCUUUGAGACUAUAUUCCAAGAUGAAACUGAUAAAAUUUUGGGUAAAGUCUUCUUACAAGAAUUUGUCGAUGCAAGAAAGAGAAAUCGUAGCAUUCAAUCUGCUCCACAAGUAUUGGUCUCGAAUGAACCUCCUUUAGAACUACAAUCCUUCACAAGCAGUCGUAACCCACAAAAUGAUGCCAGCAGAAGAUUCAUCACAUUUGUUCUUUUCCCACGUCAUUUCCAAACUGCGGAAUUACAACACAUGUCAAUCUCUCAAUUGACUUUAUUCAGGAAUUACUUCCAUUACCAUAUUAAAUGUUCUAAAGCUUAUAUGCACUCUAGAAUGAGAUACAGAGUAGACUCGUUUGUUAAAGUACUAAAUAGAGCUAAGCUAGAUGAAGAUAAGGAUGGCCUAGAAAACGAUAAUCAAUCAACCAGAAGAACAAUCACUGGUAGAAAGAUGGUCUAUUAG